AUGCGGAGGCAGUUUGUUACUCAGCGCGAGUAUUAUGCAUUCAGGCUUCAAUAUCGCAAUGGCGAAGGUCACACGAUUUUUCAGGCUGGAAAAGCUCUUCAGCAUUUUUGUAUUGACGCCUACUCAUCGAUUGAACUAAACAGGGUAGCUUUUUUGCGCUAUCAUCAGCCACAGCUCAGAGCCGAGGUUUAUCAAGGACUACAGGAUGUGAUGGCAUGGGGUGAUCUUGACGGAGAUAAAAUGGGCCAUAUUGUACUCCCAGGUACCUAUAUAGGUAGCCCGAGGUAUAUGCAACAACUAUAUCAUGAUGCCAUGGCAGUGGUCGAAUUCUUUGGAAAUCCUGAUUUAUUCAUCACAUUCACCUAUAAACCGAUGGUGGUUUCAAGGGUCUUCCACAUUAAGCUGAGUACUCUCAUAGAUGACAUUAAGAAAAACUACUACUUUGGAAAAACAAUUGCAACUGAAAUUCCAGACCCUCAACAAGAUCCGGUUGGAUACGAAGCAGUCUGUAAAUUCAUUCUGCAUGGCCCAUGUGGUGAAGCAAAUUCCAAUGCACCGUGCAUGCGAGACAAGAAAAAACGCGCGAAUGGUAAAUGUUCCAAACAAUUCCCAAAGGAUUUCAACUCAGCCACAACAUUUGACAAGUUUGGAAAUGUAGUCUAUAGAAGAUCAAACACUGGCGUCGAGGUACAAAAGGGAAGUAUGACACUUGACAAUCGACAUGUUGUUCCAUACAACAGGAAUUUGCUGGUCAGAAUGCAGGCUCAUAUAAAUGUCGAGGUAUGUCACAAAGGUAAACUUAUCAAGUAUCUCUUGAAAUAUGUGACAAAAGGACCAGACAGAUCACUGGUAAUUGUUGAAAACGCUAAUGCAUCGCAAAAUAAUCCAGAAAUGUAA